AUGCCUAACUGGAAAGAACUUUUCGCCAACAAAGACCGCCGGGGUUUCCCCGAGGUCGUGGUUCCCCUCGCCCAAGGCUCCGCGCCGCAAAGGCCUAAAGAUGAAUCCGAUUGCAGCCCUGACCGUGCCUCCCUUCAGGAAAAGGGUGUGAGUGGUGCUCACUCGGGUACCACGCUGACUUUAGAAGCCCUGCGAGCUGAAGUUGAGGAGGGUAUUGCUGCCACUGGCCAUGAUACUGCUUAUGAUCGCAAAGCAAAGAUCAUCAACAGAGCGAUUCAGGACAUUGGUAUGGGUCGUUAUCAAUGGGGACUGUUUGUUCUGUGUGGAAUGGGUUGGGUUGCCGACAAUCUGUGGUUGCAGGGAGUUGCACUCACUCUGACACCUCUGGCCACUGAAUUCGGUGUGUCUGAGACCGAUUCUCGCUUUGCGACAUGUUCCCUCUUCGUUGGUCUGAUCAUCGGUGCUUCCUUCUGGGGUAUUGCUUCCGAUGCCAUCGGACGUCGCCCGGCUUUCAAUAUGACUCUUUGCAUCUGUGGUACCUUUGGUCUCGCCGCUGGCGGGGGUCCGAACUGGGUUGGAACUUGUGCGCUGUAUGCCUGCUUGGGUCUUGGUGUUGGCGGAAACUUGCCUGUGGAUGCCGCUGUCUUCCUCGAAUGUCUUCCUCCUAACUCGGGUAACAUUCUGAGUGGAUUGGCUACCUGGUGGUCUGUCGGUACCCUGAUUGCCAGUAUGCUCGCCUGGGCUUACAUUCCCAACUUCUCGUGCGAAACAGCUGCGACUUGCACCAAAGCUGAUAACUGGGGCUGGAGAUACCUUGUUCUGACUCUGGGUGCUAUUACCUUUGCCAUGUUCCUGUGCCGCUUCUUCUUCUUCACUCUUUACGAGUCACCCAAGUUCCUCGUGUCCCGUGGUCGUCAGGACGAAGCCGUGGCCGCGGUACAGGGCAUCGCCUACAAGAAUAGGACCACCACCUGGCUCACUGAAGAAAUUCUGAACGAGAUUGGCGGCUACCCGGAGGAGAACAAGAAGCAGUCUCUCUCAACUGUCGAAAUCGUCAAGAGAUCACUUGAGAGAUUCUCCGUUCAGCAAAUCAAGCCGCUAUUCAGAACCAAGCGCCUUGGAAUCUCAACCAUCCUUAUCUGGUUCUGCUGGACUUGCAUCGGAAUGGGCUACACCCUCUUCAAUGCCUUCCUUCCUCAAUAUCUCUCCGCAAACUCCACAACCUACGAGACCUACCGCAACUACGCCAUCACCGCCGUCUGCGGUAUUCCCGGCCCCCUUCUCGCUUGGUACCUAGUCGACGUCCCCUUCAUCGGCCGCAAAGGCACAAUGGCCGCAUCGACCGCCAUCACGGGUGUCCUACUCUUCUGCUUCACGGCCUCUAAGGAUCCCAACAUCCAGCUUGUCUGCUCAGCCCUGGAAUCCUUCUUCCAAAUGAUCAUGUACGGUGUCUUGUACGCCUACACGCCCGAGGUGUUCCCCGCACCGAACCGUGGUACUGGAUCUGGUAUCGCCAGUUGUCUGAACCGUAUCGCGGGUCUUAUGGCGCCGAUUAUUGGUAUCUAUGCUAAUACGGAUCCGGUCACCCCGAUUUACGUUGCUGGUGCAUUGCUACUGGCGUCGUUUGUGGCGAUGGUCUUCUUGCCCAUUGAGACGCGAGGAAAACAGUCUAUGUAA